AUGGCACCAGACGAUGCGCAGUCGGGUGUGCCCACGGCGCCCGUUCGCGUCCACAUCUUCCGGACCGACCUGCGUUUGAGCAAAUGGCCUCCUGGCGUGCCCGGACCCAGGCGGACCCUGAGGAAUAGGAAUAGGAAUAGGAAUAGGAAUAGGAAUAGGAAUAGGAAUAGGAAUAGGAAUAGGAAUAGGAAUAGGAAUAGGACCCCGAAGCAUGCCGUGGCACAAUCUCCCCAUGUAUCCAUCGCCCCACGACCCUGUCAGGAUGCCACACAAGCCAGCCCUCACCGUGCCCUGUUCUUUGUACAUGAAUGUUGCUGGAAGGCGGUCCGGCCGCCCGGUACGGCACUGCCAUUUUCUCGCCUUUAUCAGCUAGGUCAGCAGACGCGGUCCAUCAUGCCACGUCCCUGCGGCGAUGAGGAAUACACCUUGGCCCUCUCCACGCUUUCGUCGCCGCGUGCGGCCGAGCCCACGGGCGAGUGUGCGUCCAGCCUAGAGGUCUUGCUCGCAGAGGUAGCCAAGUUUCCGGGUGACCUCCGAGCACAGGUGGCACGCAAUGUACACGGCGGACUCGUUGCCUCUCUUCUCCGUGCGCUUGAGACGGCGUCGUUAUUGCCAUACUUGCUGCCACAGACAGACCCGACCAUCCAUGACGAACCCCUUCUCGACCUCCAUCCACAAAACGCAGAUGGUCGUGCAGGAGUGCAGGGUCAUCUUGUUGCUCGUUCCAUGCGCGUGUUUGGCCACAAGUACCUCCAACGAGUUGCGUUUCUUGCCAAGGAGGGGCCCCAAUUGCAGACACGGAAGCGAAAGCGGACACACAGCGAGGCAUACACCGACCUAGAUGGCACGAGCGACAAUCGUCCAUGGGAUGUGUGCAUUCCGAUUCGUGACGGAAUCCGCAUCACGAGCCUCAAGAUUUGGAUGGGAACCCUCGGCGUCCAGGCUCUGACCCUGCGGUACGAGGACGGGUCCACGUCGCCGUCGCUGGGCGGUGUCGGUCGCCCUGGCCCAGAUCGCUGUGUGCAGACGCUGCGUUUCGACGACACGGCAACGCAGCUUGUCGCGUGCCGCGACGACAUCAAGGUGCUGUGCAUGCGCUCGGAUGGCGUGGAUGACACCCCCGACCGGCCCCAUCAUGCAUGGCCGACGCGGUCGCUCUGGACCACAGACGGGACAGACGGGCCGCCUGCGUCUGACGACCUCGUGAUUGCUGAUACAGAACGGUAUCCCGGCCGCCUGCUGCACCACCCAGGUCGCCGUCUCUGCGAAUACCUGCCUCUUGAGCUCGGGGAUGGAGAUACUGUGGGCGUGUAUACAAGCGGCCUGACGGCAUACUGCGCUCGCGAAGGCAUCGUCGGGAUGACGGCACAUUUCGGCGGUGACGGGAUCGCGUCAUCGGACGAGCAACGGCACAUUGGCUGUCGCUGUGGCGUGCCGGUGCAUUUUCCACUCGCGCAAGGCGAACGUAUCAUCUUUGUCGCCCUACAGGUGUGCGAAAUGCGUCACCGUCGCGUCGACUACGGGCCGUCACUUGUUUUGGCGACCAACAUGGGACGUCAUUCUCCGUUUGGUCGUAUAUAUAGAUCGUUCACGGGAAUCAGUACCUCGGUCGUGCUGACGGAGAACAGGGGAAACGAAAAGACGAAAGCAGUGCGAGGUCUGUUCAUCGACCGUUUGACGGCCGAUGGCUGUUGCUGGACGAGCAUCGGGGUCCGCAUCGACCGGUGGUCAGGGUGGGAUGCCGAGUCUGCCGAGUCUGCCGAGUCUGUUCCUCCGGCACCCGUUGUGGUCCUGAUUCCAUACCCUCCCUCGCCCCGGCGUGUGGACGAGGUUUUCGAUGAAAGGUCCGCCCUUUUCAGCUCGGCCGAUCUUAUUUCGGCCAGUCAGGCUGGCAUCGGCGUCACGCGGCUCCAGGUCUGCCGGCAGGGAGCAGGACCACAAGCACGGUGUGUCGGUCUGUGCAUACAUUUCGACAACGGCCGCGUCGCGAUUCUAGGUCGCUGGUCGCCGAUGGCCGUGAUCGCACGCAAACGUCACAGCGAUCGGGAUCCCGCAUCGACCAUUUCGACCAUUUCGACCAUUACAGACCUUGGCAACAAUGUCGCGUCGUGCUCGGCCAUCACGUUUCGGUUUGCAGCCGAUGCCCGCUACGUAACCGACAUUGUCCUUGGUAGCAACGCCGUUGGGCCUUUUGACGUCGCAUUUUCGUGUCAGGAAUUGAAUUCUGUCGUCUGGUGGUUUACAGAGACGAGAGACGUAGUUUCCGUCUGGAAGCCGUCGUACCUCUGUGCCACUUUUCCCGGCCUUCAAGGGAACAGCUUUCGCCUGCGGCCCGUGCGCAGUAUCGACUCAGAUCGUCUAGAUGAUGAAUGUAACGUGGACGAGCAAAGAAAUUAG